GGAAGCCAAAGCAGGAAGGAAGGCAGGCAGAGAACGAGGAGAGGCAGGCUGUGAAUGCUAACAAACCCCGUCGUAAUCACAGAGCUCCGUAGGUAGGGUUUGAUUAAACGUCUUGCAAUGGAGACCAACGACGACCACUUUUAAACACCUACUAUGCGCCAGUGCCGCGUUCACCCUGUGCGCGUGCAACAGCCUCUCCGUCGUCGGCACGUUCGAUCAGAAAAACCGUCUUUCUGCUGAGUGAAAUGUAUCGCGACUGCUUGGGAUUCACAUUGUGACAAUGGAGAUUGAAAAUAUCGUGGCCAACACGGUUCUCCUGAAGGCGAGAGAAGGUGGGGGAGGGAAAAGGAAUGGUCGCAGUAAGAAAUGGAAAGAGAUGCUGAAACUGCCCCACAUCAGCCAGUGUGAGGAGCUACGUCGCACUAUUGAGAGGGACUACACCAGCCUAUGCGAGAAGCAGCCGAUAGGACGGCUGUUAUUCCGUCAGUACUGUGACACCAGGCCAGAGCUGAAACGCUGCAUCGAGUUUAUGGAUGCUGUGGCCAUGUACCAGCUAGCCCCUGAUGAGAAGAGGAGGGACUGUGGACUGAAUGUAUUAGACACAUACUUUAAUAAUGGGUCGGCAGCCCAUCUGCCAGACAUACCCCAGGAUGUGGUGGCAGGGUGUCGGGAGAGGCUGGAACAGAGUCCAUGCAAGGAACUCUUCAAUGACUGCACAAAGAUAGUUCGUGAUUAUCUGAGCGGAACUCCAUUUACCUCCUACCAGGAGUCCAUGUACUUCUCUCGCUUCCUGCAGUGGAAAUGGUUGGAGAGGCAACCAGUAACCAAAAAUACCUUCAGACAUUAUAGAGUACUAGGAAAAGGUGGAUUUGGUGAGGUUUGUGCCUGCCAAGUACGUGCCACCGGUAAGAUGUACGCCUGUAAAAAGCUGGAAAAGAAACGAGUGAAGAAAAGAAAAGGUGAAGCAAUGGCACUAAACGAAAAACGCAUUUUAGAAAAAGUUAACAGUAGUUUUGUAGUUAGUCUAGCUUAUGCCUAUGAGACCAAGGAUGCGCUGUGCCUGGUGUUGACCAUAAUGAAUGGCGGUGACCUUAAGUUUCACAUCUAUAACAUGGGCAAUUCGGGAUUUGAUGAGCAGAGGGCCAUCUUCUAUGCUGCUGAAAUCUGCUGUGGCCUUGAGGACCUGCACCGUGAGAGGAUAGUCUACAGGGAUUUGAAACCUGAAAACAUCCUUCUGGAUGACCGUGGACAUAUUCGAAUCUCAGACCUGGGCCUUGCUGUUCAAAUUCCAGACGGAGAAACGAUACGAGGGAGAGUGGGCACUGUUGGAUACAUGGCUCCUGAGGUGAUCCAGAACGAGAGCUACACCUUUAGCCCAGACUGGUGGGGACUGGGCUGCCUUAUCUUUGAAAUGAUACAGGGGCAGUCCCCAUUCCGCAAGCGCAAAGAGCGUGUCAAGCGGGAGGAAGUUGAUAGAAGGGUGCGCGAAGACCAGGAGGAGUACUCUGACAAAUUCUCAGAAGAGGCCAAACACAUCUGCAGACAGCUUUUGGCAAAGGACCCCAAGGAGCGACUUGGUUGUCAGGGUCGAGGAGCCAUAGAGGUUAAACAGCAUCCAAUCUUCAGAAACAUCAACUUCAAGCGGCUGGAGGCUAAUAUUUUGGACCCUCCCUUUAGUCCUGAUCCUCGAGCUGUGUACUGUAAAGAUGUCCUGGACAUUGAACAGUUCUCCACUGUCAAAGGUGUGAACCUUGACCCCACAGACGACGACUUCUACCACAAGUUUGUCACGGGCAGUGUCUCCAUCCCGUGGCAAAAUGAGAUGAUUGAGAUGGAGUGCUUCAAAGAAAUUAACGUCUAUGAGACUGAUGGGACACUUUGCUCAGACCUGGAUGUGAAUCGGCCCAAUCCUCCACCAAAGAGAGGCUUCUUCUACCGUCUGUUUAGAAGAGAGGCAAGUGCUAGCGCUCCGCCAACUGUCCGAGGGGGUGGGGGCUAAGGUAUGUUUUAGGAGCAGUUACAGUGAUGAUGAGACUGAAGAGCCCUCUCGACUUUAAACCACUCCCUUCACCGGCCUCCAUCUCUCCCUUGCCGCUGAACUUAACUACAAACUCCAACCAAGCGGGAAUCUUAGGAACUCAGUGAAUGUUGAUCUGUAUUUAUGAGCUGUAUUUAAAGUGUAUUAUAAUUAAAGAAAAAAGUAUGAGUUUAAAGAUUUUGUACAUUUGUACUUGAAUUUAUGUCUAGAUGUAUAUUUUCACUAAAGGUUGUAUUGUACAAAAAGCCAUAAAGUACCACUUGAAUGCAUACAUUACAUUUUUAUUUUAUUUUAUUUUAUUUUCUCUGAAUGAAUUUGGAAUUGUAUCUUGGGUUUUUUUAAGAAGCACAGAACCAUAUGUUUUUUUUAGUUUGUCAAUGUAGCAUACGGCCUUUUUUGUUUUAUCUGUGCCAUUUGUUUUUUUCAUUAAUUUUGUCAACAUUAUAUGUUAAUGUUAAUAAUUGGAUCCACCCGGUUCCAAACUAACCUUUUGCCUCCAAACUCCUUAUAGCUCAGGUGGAUCUAAAUGGCGCUCACAGAAAUAAAAGGUAUAGGGGAAAUAAAUUCAUUCCGACAUUGCUUAAUUUAUGCUUUGAAAAAUGUUUUCAAGAUCUUACCCCUUCUUUUUUAUUUAAGUCAUUUUGGAAAUGAUUUUCCACAUUCUUCCCUUGGAUUUCUGAACCCAUUGCACUGGCCCUGAGUGCAUGUGUGGUAAACAGUUCUCUUUAUGCCUGUAGAAAUUCAAUUCUUGCAGAGUUUAAGUGGAUUUAUUUCUAUCGAUUUUCUAGCCAGCAUGUGCAAAAAUAAUCUUUUAAGAUACAAAAGAAAUAUUACAGAUGCUUCUUUCUGUUUUAGAGGGCUUGGUAAUUGUUAUUCCUGAACAGCCCAAAUAUCUGCCAUCAGCUGAUGUCUGACAGGAGUAAAGCUGUUAAAUUAAAGUCUAUUAUAAAUUUGCUCACGCCAAAAGUUUUUGGUCAUUUAUUGGUAUCCCUUAUCAUUUAUUGCUUCCUUUAAUUGGAGGCUUUUUAAUGAAAUGUUCAGUUUAUCCUUGCAAGACAGAAAGAGUCCUUUACCUAACAAUCCUUUUAAUUGGCUACCCAUGAAGUAGCAUUAGAAGCCCUGGAACAGAAUGAAGUAGAACAGAAGCCCUAUUCACACUUGCACAAAACUCCUGGAAAUUUCUGAGUUAAUAUGGAUGGGCUGCAUGUACAUACAACAUACAACAGAUCAAUUUUUAUCCAGACUUUACCCUGUAAAUCCUGCUGGCCCCCGACUAUUUUUUUUUACCUCCCCCCACACCUCCACUGUCUCAAGCCUGAGUGCUUCUGAGUCAAAUCUAUGCUGUAGCUACGCAUGGUGGCCUAUGUGUAGUGGCCUACACCUCUGUCAGCAUGACAUACUUAUGUGUUUGUGUUGCUCUGAUAUACUUCACCCAAAAGCUUCUUGGCAGUGGGGUUUUCAUGCCAGUUUCUAGUAAUGUUGACAAUUUUCCUGCUUGUUUGUGGAAACCACGGUAACUGAAACCAGUUACAUCAUGUUAAAGUUGGAACAGAUAAAUAUUGAGCAGCAGCUGAAUUACUGCAGUUAUUUCAAAGAACUAAAGAGAGGACACUGAAGGAUAUGGGAAGUACAGCUGCUUGAAGCAGCUGAGGCAAAAGAUGGGGAUUUUUUUCUGCACUAGUUUUGCCACAGAGAGAAACAUGGAGGAGAAAAUGCAGUUUGACUAAUGGUAUUGUUGUCUGCAGCCAUUUAGCUCACACCAGAGUUCACAUAACAUGCCUGCAGACAUUAUUCAGAGACUGGCAGCCACCUGGUGCUAUCCAAUGGACCAAUCACAAGUCGAUGCGCAGCUACAUUUUAAAGGAAGCUUGUAGACCUCUGCUUAGGUUUCAGGCUUAUGCAGAGCUAUGACAUAUGCUAUGGCACAGAUUCAACACAGAAGUAUAAUUUAGGCUUACAUGCUACUAUAGGAAAACUUCCUGCUGUGGGGGAAAAGAAGCAUCUAAAAAGACAUAAGAUUUUCUGGUUAUGGUUACCCUGAAAUUUUCUGUGUUUUUUUUCUAAUUCCAGGGUUGCAUGAGUGAAAAGGGCUAAAGAGGGAGAUGUUAAUCAAGACACUGCAUGGAUCUGCAGCUUUCGGGGGUUUCAUCUAAAUUGAUUUCAAUUGCAUGAAACUAACUUCCAAGACUCAGCAGCUAGUAACCUUCAGGCUAAGUUGAGAUGCAACCUGCUUCGGCCUCUGUGUCUGUUUAUCAUAGAUAGCAUAAAACCCAACAGACAUAUCACUCAACAAAAUCUUGACUUUGAACUGAUUACAUAAAAUAUGUUUGUUCUAGAUUAGUAUAACAUUUCUGCAAUCUUAACUAUUCCAACGAAACCCUGUUUUACACUCAUAGGUAUGACUUAUGACAUUGGCUAAUGUAUUUAUAGACAUCGGGGAAUCUGUUAGAGCGCUUUCCUGACAGUUACCAUUAGUGGUGAACCAAUUGCAGAACCCCACUCGAUGUGCACUUUUAUUUUAUUUUAGAAGAACCUUUUUCUCUUUAAGUUAAGAUGUCACCAACAAAUAACAUUCUGUUUUUCCACACAAAAGGAUAAAUGUUCUUAUAUUUUCACAUUUGUUAUCAUUGGCAUUGUGGAGUUUUAUUUUUGAGGCAGUUGCUGUUUAAAUCCAACCAGCUGUUUUAAUGCUGUGAAUACCCAAUCUGGACUUGUUAGCGUUGCCUGUGAGUUUGUGUGUGUGUGUGUUUGUAUGUAUUGGACUGUAUGCAAAUACAGUUUUCAUUCAAUGUAGUGCAUUGAAGUACAGAAAUACAAUAGUUAAAAAUUAUGACAGGACCUGAAUGUCACAGAGUUGGCUUUAAAGAGUGCUCACAUUUCAGAUGGUACGCAUAUAUAUCCCAUCUUGUGGACUAAAUUUAAAGAAUUUGUUAUUUUCUAGAAAUGUUGUCCCUAGUUGCACAUUUCCUUGUCAAAAGUCAGAAAUUGAAUGCGUGCAUUAAGCUGUUGCUUGCCUGUCUUCACUUGAGUUUGAGCCUUUGUUCUUUUUCGUUGCUCUCAGGCACAUUUUGAAGCAGUUGCUUUUGCCUCUGUAGAUUUUAGCCUUAUAGCUCUUUAGCCUCAAAAACCUUGUAUAUGAUGUAUUGCUAUCAUGUAACUAAACUCCAACGUAGUCACUCUCACAGGGAAACUAAACUGUGUUUGCCAAUCAUGCCUCAGUCAUUGUUUAAACAUUACUCUCUACAUCCAUGUUGCAGUAGAGAAAUUCUGUUUAGUUUCAUUGCACUAUUGUGUGUUUCAACAAUGACUAAAGGAAGUGUCUUUAACUUUAUUUUGCCAGUGAUACCAAAAGCUAAAUUGAGUAAAUCCUACUUGUUUUAGUGAAAAUAAACUUAAGAUAGACUGACAGCCUUUACCGUAUUGUGCGUGCCAAUUACAAACUUAAGUUUUGACAUCCUACCUUUUUAGUCUAUUUAUCAUUCAGUCCAUACAGAAAUAAAUUCCCACACAUAAAGGAAUUCAUAAUAGCUCAACGGUUUUUGAAUGUCAGCACUAAGUGCAUUGUAAUGCCUGUUUUAAUACAUAUAAUACAUAUGUUUUAUUACUCAAGCAUGUAUUGGUUUGUAAUACUUCAGGCUCCUUGUAUGUGUAAAUGAUGACCUUCUAGUGCCAACAUAUCUCACUGGUAUCUUAAGACAGCUUUAUAAAUGGAAAGAAUACCGGCUGAGUUGGCCCUAUUUGAAUACUUCACAAGCAUUUCUUAUCCCCUGCUUUCCAUCAGUACAAUGAUAAGAGUCUGAUUCCAAUAAAAAUGGAAUCAGACUCAGCAGCAACAUUGAGAGACGCAAAAGCCCCACGUUUUUACGUCAUUUGAGUUUAGCUUCCAAACUAUAGCUAAAUGCCAGAAGCUUCUCUAGGGUUUGACACAGCUCUGCCUGGAUGUCAGAUAAUUUUCUUUUUAAAGGAAGCAAGGGAUGACAGAUGCGUUUGUUUGUAUUUAGACGGGGCACUGGACUUCUUGAUUUUUUUCUCUUUUUUUAGUAGAUGUACAGUCAUUUUGUUCAACCACUGCAGUCAUUGUUAAUUCUUGUACAAGUUGUAUCACUGGUUGUUGUAACAUAUCUGACAUUUGUAAUUAUAAAAUAAUACA